AUGUGUCACUUAUGUUAUUCAAUGCACCCAUUCCGCGAGCUUCAGUCUGUAACACAAAACGGCUACUCAAACCACUUAAUUCAUACUUCGGUUCCUGAGUCACCUGCCAAUUCUCACUUCGGGAAGUAUAACUACCGACCUAAUAUGACAGUAACAACCGAUAGCUAUACUCCUGGAGGUACGUACAACACUCAUGCACAUGCUACGCAUAAUCAUGUCCACCAUGGGAUACUGCAUCACGUCCAUUCAAACCCCACCAAUGUUACAGCUCUCACUGUUUCACAGGAGAGCAGUCAAGUUCGCGUCUGGGAUAUUUGGGCUCACAAUUUUCAUGAGGGCAUGCGCCUUGUCCGCAGACUCGUACGAGAUUGUCAGUAUGUUGCAGUAGACACAGAGUUUCCAGGUGUUGUUGCAAAGGUAUUUGGUGAAUAUGCCAAUAGUUUUGAACAAGCAUACCACAACAUUAAAGUUAAUAUUGACAUGCUUAAACCAAUACAGAUUGGAUUCAGUUUUUUCGAUGAAAGUGGUCAGACAGUCGAUUCGGUCUCAACAGUGCAGUUUAACAUCAAGUGGAAUGUUGACAAUGAAAUGCAUGCGGCUGAUUCUAUUCAACUAUUAGAAGUUUCUGGAAUAGAUUUCGAUAAGUUAAAAAGAACAGGCGUCGAACUUAGUGACUUUGCAGAAGCGUUUCUUACCAGUGGUCUUCCACUGAAUGAAAAGAUUACGUGGAUAGGCUUUCACAGUGCCUACGACUUUGCGUAUUUGAUGAAAAUUUGCACAGAUUGGAUGAGAAUGCCGGACAACUUCUUGGAAUUCCAAAAGCUGUUAUUGAUUUUCUUCCCCAAGAUAGUUGACCUAAAGUCAAUGAUGAGUGAACACAAGUUUCCGAAAAGUGGUUUACAAGAGUUGGCAGACCUGAUGCGAGUGCCACGUAUCGGUUUGCAGCAUCAGGCUGGAAGUGACGCUAUGCUUACAGGUGAAACCUUUUUUAGAUUCCUGGAGGAGCAUAGUGGUGGAAAAAUUGAUCAGCGGGUUCUUAAUCUUGUCUACGGAUUGAAUUAUUGUCCGAAUGGUGUGUCUAAUACCUGGAUGCAAAUGAACGGUUCAAGUCCUCAACCUGAUUCCGAAUCUUCUGCAGGUCAUAAUGUCUCAUAUGCUUCGUCGAUCUUUCGUAACAAUGUUCACAGUGCCGAUCAUUCUGGUCGUACGUCUCCCGCUGAUUCGACAGGUGGUCACAAAAGUAGCUAA